GCUGUUGCUAGGAGGGCGGAGCAUCCCGCCGCGCCUCCGGAGAGCGCUCCUCCUGGUCCGGCGGUGGCUGUUGCCAUGGCGGCAAGGGCAAACAAUAUGGCCGCCCCCAGCCCUGCUGGCCAGCAGAAGGGAGCAGUAGCGCGGCAGCCAGUCCGGCCGCGGGAGGACGCCUAGGGGCAUGGCCGCCGCCGCCGCCGCCAGCGGGGUCUACCACGCCGGGGAGCUGGACGAGGAGAGCCUCAACGAGCUGUACACCUGGGUGGACGCCAUCCCCCUCUCCCGCCCCAAGAGGAACAUCGCCCGGGACUUCAGCGAUGGAGUUUUGGUGGCCGAAGUGGUGAAGUUUUACUUUCCAAAAAUGGUGGAAAUGCACAACUAUGCGCCAGCUAAUUCUACCCAGCAGAAGCUCUCGAACUGGGGGCAUCUGAACAGAAAAGUACUGAACAAGCUGAACUUCUCCAUCCCAGAAGACGUGGUCCGGAAGGUUGCCCAGUGCACACCUGGGGUGGUGGAGCUGGUGCUUCUCCCGCUGCGGCAGAAAAUUGAGGAGAAGCAGAAGCAGGUCAAGAUGUCCUCAAAUUCCUAUCAGGGCCGUCCACCAGCCCCUGUGGACUGCUGCAGCCUCUGCUCCUUCCCGACUCCAAAGCCCCAGGAGCUGGGAAUGCGUGCAGCCCUGGAAGAGAGCAACUAUCUGGAUACAGGCCCCUCUUCAAAGCCCAAACACAACCACACAGGGGUCUACAACCAGGACUCCCCUGGACUGGACAGGGGGACCAAAGGACAGGUGCAAGCUGAUUCCAAUUUACUCUUCCAUCUGGCCGAACGGGAGCAGGCUCUGCUGGCCUCACAGGAGACGGUUCAGAUCCUGCAAAUGAAGGUGCGCAGGCUGGAGCAUCUCCUGCACCUGAAGAACGUCCGGAUCGACGACCUCUCGCGGCGCCUGCAGCAGGCAGAGCAGAGACGGAAAUGAGCCCGCCAGCUCCACUUCCCUCCUCCCAGCUGUGACUCCCCAGCCUGCCGGAUGGUUCCCAGAUGGCCAGACCUGUCUUUCCCCCGAGUGCCCACCUCUUCCUUUGCAAACAGCUGCCUUCGGGCUCCAAGGAGGCUGAGAUGUCAAAACAAAGUCGGUCAGAGAUCCUCAUUGGGGAAAAUAAGUGAUCUCUCCAGCUGGCUUAGGGACCCAGGUGUCCAGUGCAGGGGAGACAGAAUCCAUGGGAAGAGCUGGAGGAGCAAGAGGAGCCCGGGAGAGGCCAGCAAGCAUCCCAUCGCGGGACACACGGAUGUCCUUUCCACAUAUCCCCGGGGCAGACCCCAGGGCGGAGGGCUCCUCUGGUGGGUGCCGCUCCGGCUGACGGCUGCUCAUUCUCCGUGCUUGUGGUGCUGCUCAGGGCCCGGAGGCAGCAGCAGCCAGCUUGUUGGCCUUCCCAAGGCCUCUUCCGAAUGAGGAGUGGCAGAGGAGCUGCCCAGAGUGCCCCAGGCAGGACGCCCCCUCUGCUCGAUCGGAGGGGUUGGCCAUCCUGCUUGCCCAGCAGGGGACCUGUGCCCCAUCAGGCCUUUCAGGGGGUCAACCAGCCCCCCCCCCCCCCCGCGCAAGGGCCACCUGGCCCUCUUGUGUAAUUAUAGCGGCUUGCUGGUGACUGGAACAGCUGGCGGGAAGCAGGAAAGCUUGGGGUGGCUGCAGACAGAGCGGCAGGCGGUUUGGGGCAAUCUGGGUGGCUGCUGGCAGGCAAGGGGCAGGAGAGCCGUCCCUGUCUGCUUGGAGGAGCAUCGCAGUCCUGCUGCAGCCUCCGAGGGAGAUGGCCCUCCUUGUGGGGAUACAGCUGGCACCUUCUCUCUGGGGAGAGCCUUGCCACACAGUCCUUCCUUGGAGGGGAGGGAAACCCCACCCCUCGGCUUUGGUGGGCCUUCCCGUUUCUCUUCUCGCCUGGCCUGGGGAGCAAUCCAGGAGGCUCCUUUCUUUCUCCAGCCCAUUAAGCUUUCAGGCAGCUGGUGGGGCAGCCGUCCCCUCUGGCCCUAGGCGUGCAGCAGGCAGAACUCCUGCCGUGGCUUUUCUUCCUGCGGAUGCUGCAGUUGGAGUUGCCACCUUUUCUCUAGCAGGGAAGAAGAAGCUGCCUCCAGAACCUGUUGGCGUUGUGCAUGCAGAACCCUCCUCCCAACUGUGUGUGCAUCCCUUGUGGGUGUGGAGUUCUUCCAAGCACACCCGCACUGGUGCAAAUCCCCGUCACCACCCUUGCUACUGGCAGGCAAAGGGGGAGCUGGGUCCCUUGCAGAUCCAGACGCCCAUGGAGCCAGGGCAUUUACAGAAGGGUCUUAGCAGCUGCACACCCGCCUCAGGGAGCCCGGCUGCAGUCCCUGGGCCGGUGGUCUGCAGGCAGGCUUGCUGUUUGAGAAAAAAAAGUGCACAGACUAACAACCCCCUUUUAUGCGCUAAUAAAAAAGCAAUCGUUGCAGGCUGCUACUCAAGAGGAUCUUUCUGGCGAGUUCCGGUUGAAGCUUCUGGACACCUGGAGCCCCUGCUUGCAUCUGGCCAUCUCUGUUCUCCUUGGAGCCUCCCAGCUCCACAUCCCCUCUGGUCAUGAUAUUAAGCACCUCUGCCGAUUUGGUCAAGCUGGUAUGAAGACAUAUGUCUAUCGUACAAAGUUAAAGAAGUUUUACAGUCCUGCCCUCUGCUCAUUUUAUGUUAUUGCACCCUCCCCUGGCCCGUGUUAGGGAUCUCUAGCCUAAUCUUUAGUACCUUCACUGGACUACAGUUCCCAGGGUUCUUCAGGGGGAUCUGUGACACUGGUGUAGAAGGGAUUCCAGGGUAUAACAGCACACCAUCCGUGGGUUCCCCCACCUUGACACAAGCAGGCUGAUGGGGUUCAAAUUUGGGUCUCCGGAUGCUGUUUGACUACAACUCCCCUCAUCCCCAGCUGCACAUGGCUGCCUCUGCUAGAUUGGAGGUUAGAGCAUGAGUUCCUCUGCCUUGACCACUGUGCUUGGGGAUGAUGGGAGUUGUAGUACAGCAACAGCUGGGGACUCUUGAGGUAGGGGGCAAUACAGCUGAGACAUCUAGACUACUGCUUUGGGGUGUGGUGUGGUGUGAGGAAAGUAUAAGAGGAGUUCAGAGUUCAGGCAUGGACUUGUUAUCAUCGUAUAUCCACCAAGUCUCAGGGGUUUGUGGGUUAGAUUUUUUAGGAUAUGCAAGAAUGGCCUUUCGUAAGAAUGCCUCUCCACUACAGAGGUCAUAUGGAAUUCAGUCUCAAACAGACCUCCUUUUCUAUUUCUGUGCAAGCGUCAGUAUCUGCUGUGUGGGCUCUUUCCAUUUAGCUCUCAUUGUGAUCUCUCUAUUUGACAGACAUCUCAGGAACUACCAUGCAGAUCUCAGGAUUUUCUAGAAGCCAUUUACUAUUGGCUAUGUGCGUGUCUGGCACUGCAUUGCUGUUGCAAGGGUGAUUCAUAAGCCACUGAGAUUUCCUCUAGUGCUCCUGGAAACCCCCUCUUAACUUGCUGUCCAGCAGCACCUGAGGUUCAAUCACGGGGCCGUUUUUUCUUCAGGAAACGGACACAGGCGGAAGCUUUUCAGUGCUUUUGGGCAGCUCUGAGUGCUCGGAAAGAGCCCAGACCAUCACCGGCCACCCCAGAGGCUUCCAGGAGCUGCUGACACUCCAGCUGCCUCCAUUACCGUGGUUCAUGGAUCUUCCCCAAGCACACGGCCCUAUAGAAAGGUGGCCUCAGGAGCAAGGGCCCUGGCAGCCACCCCCCACGGGACCUUCCAGGAGGAGGCAGACCCACCAGGCCCACCCAGCCAGGCUGCCCCUGAGGAAAGAGGCCAGUCACUUCCCGCAGACUUGUUUCCCUCAGGACCCAUGGGCACACCCCAUGGAGGCCUAGGCCAGGGGGGCUGGCCACCUUGGCUCUCCAGCUGUUGCGGAACUACCACUUGCAGUAGAUUGUGGCUGGGGAUGAUGGGGGUUGUAGUUCAGCAUCAGCUGGAGAGCCAGGGUUGCCCACCCUUGGCCUAGGCACACGUCAUCGGCGCACUCGCAAGACACAUGGAGAAUGCCAGAGUCGCUAGGAGAGAGGGUCACUCCUGUCAGUGCAAAGACCUUUGCCAGGACAAAUGGAGUUGCCACACGGAGCAGUUGUCUUUAAUACAUGGGGGUGAUGCUAAUGUUGCCUUUGACUCAUGUUGGGUUGCUGGGGGGGUGAGGCUUGGUGCAGAGUGGAGUGCUGGGCAUAUCCUGGUUGCUUCUUCAUAUAAAGGCCGUCUGUAGAAUUUGCUGCAUUAAAGACUUCCCUCUCUGCUCGUC